UAUAUUUCAGCUGUGUAUAAGUUGCUUGUUGAAUAUGUUGUGAAAAGAUGUUUUAUAUUAGACUCAUGUCAAAAUUCUGAAGUCAUUAUCGAUAUCGGUCUUGGUGUUAAUACAGUAAUAAUUGUACAAAUAAGAAUGUUACAGUCUCACUUUAUUAGGAGCGGAAAUAGUUCAGUCGGUUAAGAGUCAGAGUUUGAUAACAGUGACUGUUUUAGUCAAGAUCGAGAGCUGAUGGACACACUUUAAAAAAAAGUUUUGUCAAAUGUUAAACUCCUUAUACAUAGAUAAUACAACUUUCGUUUCUAUUUAACAAUUUGUAAUUAGAUCUAUAUGUUUUAUUAUUACUUUUUAAAGGAAAUCAAAAACCAGCAUUUUGGAAGGACCCCGUGCAAUACACCAUUUGCAUCUCAACAGUCAUGUAGCAGUGACAGCGAGUCAGAGGAUCAUCUGGAAAUGUGUCGAUUUCAGGCUGCUCUGCUAGAAUUUCAAGCUGAAGUAUCCGAUGAUGAAGACCUCUCUUCAAUGGCAAAUGAUUCGGACCUACCUAACAUACACAAAUUUAUGAAAGGCUGCUGCUGUUUAAAAAACUGUCAAAAGCAUUUCAGCUAUGACCAGAUCCGAUCAAGUGUGUUAAAUAUGCAAGAAAUGAGCAGAGACGAGAAUGGUCAGUUUCUUAUGGGAAUACUCAGCAAUGGUUUUGUUUGUACUGAAACAACAAAACUGGGAAACAAAAGACAAAGGGAAAAGAGGUCGUUUGCUAUACAUGGUAAAAAUGUGUGUAAAUCGACAUUCAUGUUGUAUUACGAUACAAAACGUACUGUGCUUUCAAACAUGUUAAAACAUGUGACUUUGCACGGAGCUGUUCCCAGAGUCCAUGGAAACAAAAGUCGGCGACCUAUGCACGCCAUGCAGCUUGAAGAUGUGCAACGGGUGGUUCAUUUCUUGAAAAAUACUGAUGAGACGAUUGGGAUAUUCUACCCGGAAGCUCCACGUGGAAAUGACCGUAUUCCGGUGGUGUUCUUACCAUCACAUAACACAAAACUGAGAAUUCAUAAUGACUACAAGCAACUAUGUAUCAAUGAGGGUGUGAAGUAUUUGCGUCUUACAGCCUUUAAAACGAUUUGGUCACGUUGUGUUCCACAUAUCAAGAUCGCCAAGCUAUGUGAUGAUGUGUGCGCGAUGUGUGAGUCAUUACAAACAGUCAUCUCUAACGCAGUUACUGAAAUCGAGAAAUUGGAUUCUGCCGCAGCGAUGACCAAUCAUGUUAAUGAUGCAAGAAAGGAGCGCGAGCUGUACAUGGAGCGUGUGCAACUUGCAUCAGCAGACCCUGUGAACACAAUGCAUAUCACAUUCGACUUCAGUCAGAGUGUUAGCAUUCUGCAUAAUAGUAGGCAGAUGGGUCCCCUGUACUUCCUGUCUUUGCUGAAGGUGAUGCUGUUCGGAUUUCGAGUAAGCGGUGGCAGUCAAAUUAAUAUUGUAUACGACGAGUUACAGACGAUUGGCUAAGAUGGGGAACAGUCACAGGUUCCAAAUGCUGUCAUUUCCAUGAUUGAUUGGGCACUGAAACAGCACUGUCCAUGGGCAUGGUCCUUCUCAAUUCAUGCCGGCAACUGUGUAGGCCAGAACAAAAACCGGUUCGUGCUGGCUUACUUUAUGUGGCGGGUUUUGACGGGCCAAAACAAGACCAUUGAAUACCUGAUGCAGAUACCAGGUCAUGCACGCAGCCAUGUAGAGAGUGGGUUUGCUGCAAUCAAGAAACUGUACAGAAUGACUGAUGUGGAAACGCUGGUAGAGAUGGCAGAUGUUGUCGAGCAGUCUUCAGUUACCAACACUGCCAUAACUUAUCGGCUGUGGCCAUGGAGUGACUGGAAAUCUUGAACCCGGCGUAAAAGCAGUUCAAGGCAUUCAGUAUUUAUUUGGAGAUGCAUUUAAAACAAUAACUUUAGUUAAAAUAUAUUUUUGUCUGAAUAUCGGGAUAUGUUGGCCAUAUUUUCAAUGAUUAAAUUAGAUUGUUUAAUCUGUAAUGAUACAAUGACACGCAAACUGUCCAUGAAAACAAAUGUUACAAUGUUUAUACACGACAAAUUGCACAUCAUCGUUGCAGGAAAUUUUAGUUUCCAAAUUUCCAGUUUGAUAGUGAUGCGCCUGGGAUCGUUUUCUUGCGAGAGCGAUGGGAUACCGAAGAGACCAGUGUAAAACUGAUUAACAACAACGCGGUCGGCUUUGUGCACAAUGAGCGACCGUCCGUUCUUUUACCAGCCGGACUAUCUGAGAGCAGGCGAAGCUAUCUGACCAAGUCCGUGAUUAUAUAAGUACAUCCCUGAAUAAAAGCGGACUGUGUUUAUUUGAAACUCAGACUGAUACAUUUUAAACACUGAUGUACGACGUAAAUUGUAUGUUCUUCUUUAAAUGGGAAGAAUAAAAAUAAAAAUGAAAAUAUUGACACGUAAGAAAAAAAGACAAUAAAUUUGCUUGAGGUAAUUAUGUUAGAAACUUGUGUUUCUCGUUAUUUAAAAUGUUGCCCUUUCAUUUACAUGAAAUUAAGUGGUAUCUCCGCUACAAAGAAAAAAUAGUCAUUGUUAAUAGACCGUCUAUUCCUAAACAACGUUAUUAUAUGAAGAGCCCGGUUACAAAAUCUACACGUCAAGACGUUGCGUUAUUUAGGACGUUACAAUGGUAUACAAAUCAAAGGUUAUCACAGACUUUUGAAAAUUGAAAUGAAGAGUGUUAUACAUCAUUUUAAUCACAAGAAAAAGAUCUUUUAUUUGAUAUAAAAAAUGAAAAAUCAUUUUUUUUGUCAAUAUUGCAGGUUUUCUCACUACGCGAUACAUAUUCUAUAUGUUUAUAUUAGCUAUAUAAACUCCGUUGUUUGGCCUCUGUGAGGUUUGAACAAUGUAGAUUUCUUUUUUUAUUGGAACAAUUAUUGCCUUGUUUUUGCUAAGAAAUCAUCAUGAUUAAUCAUGAUCAUUUGUUGAAUGACUGAUGUAUGUUAUGCUGAGAAGACACUUAAUCUUUAGAUCUGUGCAAAUAUGUGCAAUUAAUCUGUUCUGUGUUGUUAAUUAU